AUGGGGACUCGGUGUAUAUCUCAAUUUUCCGACUCCGCCGCUGAGCUCACCUUGGGUCAAGGCAUGAUGGCUUCACACCAAGAUGAGCUACUCGGCAAUAAGAUAUUGGAGAUGGAGAAAUCUGCGGGCAGGAUAUUGGAGAUGGAGAAAACUCUGGGCCAACUGUUGUAUUUGUCGAAAUCAAUAACGCAAGAGCUUCGCUUUCUAAGCCCCCCUUGCACGGUGAUUGAAAACUACAAUCCCAGCCAUCCCAACCCAAAGGCCUAUGAUCUUUACCCAAGCUUACCCAAGGAUUGGGAACAUUCGUUAAUGACGGUAAAUCAAGGGGAAUCUAGAUCUGUAUGUUUAUUCGUGUCUUCUUAUGAGGACGAAGAACACACUAAUGCAGUCUAUGAAGUCAAAUUCAAACACGGAGGAGAAGUCACUCAUGAACCCCCAGUAGUUAGACAUGUUGCCAAGUUCCACGGUGGUUGUCGUCAGGCUGCACGGAUUUUCAACCAUUCCAAAUUAUACUGCAUUGGAAAGGACGGUGGAUUUAUUCUUGACACGAAGACUUGGUCAAACUGUUCAUCUAUUCCUCCUAUCCUAGCCUCUAAAUCAAUAGAAACUAUUGUGUGUGCGUACGACAAGGUUUAUUAUCUUGCAUGUCCAUCAAGCUUAUUCUCACCAGUUAUGGGGCACUCCUUCGGUAGAUAUGAUUCUGAUCAGAAGGUUUGGGAGAAAAUGACUUCUUUUCCAUUUUAUGAUGAUUAUGACCACCGUAUGCAAAUAACUGGUUAUGCUGUUUGA